AUGAGAGAUAUUUAUACACCUUCUCCUGGGCUUCCUCAAGACUUAUCAUGUCGGAAAAAAUCUGUUACGCUAAAAUGUGAUUCACAGAAGUUAUUGGUUAUUCAAGAGGAUUUAGAGGCCUGUUUACCUCCAAUUGCUACUUUUAGUCAUCAUCGUGAAAGUCGUACUAAUCUUUGUUCUACAUCUGUUAGCAAAUCAGUAAAUUUGAAUUGUAAGAAACGUUCAAAGCAAGCAAAACAUAACAACACUGAAAAUGUAGUUUAUUGUGAUUUGCCUCAAUGCCCAAGAUUCGUUAACAAAAAACCCCUUAAGCAAAGAACUCAUUUAAAACAUCAUUCACUUGUGCACAAAAAUCAUCUAUCAUUAUCAUGUUCACAGUGUGGGAAAAGUUUCAGUUCAAAAGAAAAUUUAAGAAGACAUAUGAAUAUGCAUUUAGGUUUAAAACCAUAUACCUGUCAAAUUUGUCAUCGAGCCUACUCUCGAACCUCAGAAAGAUCUCAAUGCAUGAAAAAGCAUCGUCAUAAAGAAACUAACGCUGCACAAGUUGAACAGUCUUCACGUGACGGUGUUUAUAAUGAUUGGAGUUCUUCUGGUUUAUCUGCUUUACAAAUUGAAGACAAGAUUAAUCAAUCUCGUCCAAGGCCAUAUGUAUGCCAAAUCUGUGAUGAUCAUAGAGCUUAUACUGAUCCAAGUUCACUUCGUAAACAUAUGCGCUCUUUUCAUGCUGAUCUUAAAAAUGAAAAACAAACAAAAGACAAUGAUCCUGUUGGCGAAAUUUCAACAAAGCAGAUAACGCCUCCUAUUCCUCACUGUGAUGAACCUAUAAGUCUUGUGCUAGAAACCUCAACUGUUGAUACUAAUCCAGUGGUGGAUGCAUUACAGCCAUCUUCUGAAAAUGUUUCGACUUUAGAGACUACCUCAUUUAUUGAAAUUGAUCCAAUUUAUGCGAAGUCUAUUACUCCAUCAUCAUAUUAUAAUGUUGUUAUCACUACAAUGGCUUCAGAUACGCCUAUCAAAAAUAUUAUGAUUACAAAUUCUAAUGAUUCUCAAGAAUAUCCUUUGGCACUUGGAUCAUCUUUUCAUCCUCAUUAUACUGUUGCAUUAACAGACUCUUUACUGCCUUUAAUACCAGUCACAUCAACGCUAUCGAUGACUCCAGUAGCAGCAGCGGAAGCCGCAGGGGAAGUAUCAACAACAACAACAACUACUACGUUAAAAAGUGAAUAUGACAAUGAGGCUGCUGUAGAUCUAUGCAAUUCAGCAUUGUGCUUACAAGUUUACUCAGGCAAAACUCAUUCUUCUAUACCAUCAACAGUAAUGGAAAGAGUCGAUGCUUCAUCUAUCCCGUUGUCUACAUCAAAUCUAUCUAGUAUGUUGGUACCACAGUAUGUAACACAAACUAAUCAAAUUAUUAACACUGGAUCAAUAUCUAAACGUUUAUUCUAUUCUAAUUCUGGUCUUGAUCUUACCGAUACACAAUACUUUACACUGACAGGAACAUCAAAAGCAAUUGACUUAUCCGCAGAUCCUUCUGUUGAUAUAAUUACUAUGAAUCCAAUUGACUUGAGCGCACCUCAUCAGUGUACAAUGUUUUUUGAUUCAACAAAUGAUUGUCCUGAUAAUUCAUUCUUCACAACACAUACAAUAUGGGAUCCUGAACCAGGAUUUAGUUUCACGGACCUAUUACUUACUAAUAAUGAUAAUGAUGAUUGUCUUGUUGAAGGUGAUAUGUCUGUAGAAUUCCCAGAAGUUAUAAUGUAUCCUGAAAAUAGUAUUUCUACAGAUUAUCGCCCCGGUGAAGUGAAUAUCACUCAUAACUCAUCAUCGUAUGAUGAAACAGUUAUUAAUAGUUCAAAUUCAUUAUCCAGUAAAGAUUCAAUACCAAAUUAUUCAGAAUGUAUAAACUUAACUCCAUUUGGUGAAUUUCUCGUAUGGUCUGCCGAAGCUGUACUCUGGUUGCGUCGUACUUACAGAAUUAUGGGUCGUGCUUCAUAUGCCGUAGAAUCAUGUAAAAAGCUUCAUAAUCAAACAAAGAAACCAGAUCGAUUACCAGUUCGUUUAAAUUUUGAAGAAGUUGUCUUAUUACUCUCUAAAGGUUUUAUCAAUGGUCUGUUGUGCAGUAGACCAGUAUCAUCCGUGGCUAAACCAUCAGAGGAAACUAUCAAAGAAUAUAAUAAUGCUCUUUUGAAGAAUGCUGAAGAAAUGAUUGGUAUAUUUAAAACUCAAAGACGAUUAAAAUUAGUCGGUCAUUAUGGACAACUAGUGAAUGGUAUGAAAUUACGUCAGCAACGUAAACUAAUGGCUCAAACAUGUAAUACAGAAGUAUCCAGUGGAACAAUGCCCUGUACAGAUGAUACAAAAAAUAUUUACAAAUCGCAAUUAUCUCCUUCAAAGUUAUCCACUCGUAAACGACGUUAUGAGCGACGUAUGUUACAGAAACAGUUAAAAAGGAAAAGGAACAUGAUGGACUCUUCAAUUGACUUUAAUGCUAAUGAUGAUGACAACGAUGAUGAAUAUGAUUGGUACAAUGAUAAUCAAGACUCUCCUGAAAUGACUGAUUCACCAAUUACUUUAGAUGAUAUAAUUUCUGAACAAACUGCACAUCAAGGAGCAUCAAAAUCAUCUGUGAUAUUGAAUGAGAAACUUGAAGAAUCUCUACCACAUAUACCACAACACUUACCGCGUCCUACUCCUGUUGAAUGGCGACGUCCUGGUGAAUAUGUUUUUGUUAGUUUACCAGAAACUGUACCGUCUGAAGAUCUUUAUUCAGUUGUUCUUUGGUUGACUCAGUUAAUUAAACAACAACAACGAGAACAACAAUGUAAAUCACUUGAUGACUCUGACAGUGAUGUUAAUGGUUGCACCGCAGAUACUUCACUUACACAGCGUUUACAGUGUUGCUUUGUAUAUAAAGAUUUAUGGGAUAAAGGUUAUUAUAUUAGUACAUCUAGUGCUAAAAUGGGUGGAGAUUUCCUUGUAUAUCAAGGUGAUCCACUCUUAUAUCAUGGCAGUCAUAUUGUUACAGUGUGUAAUCCAAAAGAUGCAUUUCUUAAUUCACAAUUAUUAGUUAAAUUACGCAUUGCAAAUAGUUUGAAAAAGGUACUAGUACUAGCUACAGUACCUAGUAUAGAUAAAUUUACCAAGAAUUGUACACAAGAAACAGAUGAAAUUGAAAAUAGUAACAACACAGUUAUUGUCUCCGAUGUUAACACCAUUAGUAACAAUAGUACUAAUAACAACAGCAAGAAUGACAACAAUUGUGAUGUCAUUUAUUUAUCUUUGCAGUAUAUGUCUACGCACUCUAAUAACAAUAAUAAUAAUCCGAUGUCUCCUAGAUCAUUUUUACAACGAUCAAAAUUAUCCUAA